AUGAGCUCCCGGGAAAGCUCUCGUCGAGGAUCAAAUGCAUAUUCGCACUCUUCCUUGUCUUCAAAUGGCAGCUCCGUCACAGCAACACGUGAUUUAUGGCGAUUGCGCCAAACCAUGCAUUGCCUUGAAAAAUGCGUCUUCUACCACGGUUCCCUCAAUCGAAAUGCUGCCAGGGAGAAAAUGAGACGCUGUAAGCCCGGCUGCUAUUUGAUAAGAGACUCAAAUGACCCUCAGUAUCUUUUUACGCUCCAACAGACGCUUCAUUUCGUGGGCCCUUGUGCUACGAGAAUCGCUUUUAUACAGGGUCUUUUUCGAUUCCAAGAUUCAACAGGAGUAGAAAACGGCGCGCGCGAGAAUCGUGGAUUUCCCUGUGUCGUCUCUCUGAUUGAGCAUUAUGCUUCAAAAUACCGCGAAAUGGACGUUCUAGCACUUCGUUAUCCGGUCUCGAAGCACGAUGAAAUUCAUGAAGAAGCGGAGGAGCACAAUUGUUUUGUAGAAAGUCCACAUGAUGAUGCAGCAGAAACGCCGAGAAGAAUUCAUCCCGAAUUAGCGGCUAGUUUGGCUGGGUCGACUCAAACUUGCAAUAGCUGCACAAGCCAUUCGGGACCAACGAGGCUAGAAUAUCAGGAUGGCCAACAAAAUGGCCAUCAUGCUGAGCGAGUCAGUAGAAGAGCCAAUUCUGAUGGAGCGAUUGCCACUGGAUUUGCUGAGCAUGGGCGCAGAUCGACAAUUCAUGCGACGGAUAUUUCAACAGAAAUGAGACCCAAUGAUUUGAGGCAGAGUUUGAAUGGGUUGAAAGAGCGCAUGGAAAGUGAGAUCGAAAAGACCAACCAACCGAAUCUCGAAGAAAUCUUCCCUGGAAUCGAGCCGCUCAUCUCCACUGCUCGUCGAAAUUCAGCCGAUCGCCAUUUCAAAAAGGCCUCGCUCGAUCCAUAUUUCACCUGCGAGAGCAUAAUGCAAAACACCCUCCCCACUCAGCAACAAAUCGAAAAGAGCUCUAGAAGAAGCAGCAGAAAAAGCCUCGCUCGAUCGAGAGAAGAACUCGAGGCAGAAAUCGACCGAGAUUACAAUUUUUCCAGCUCGUUGGGAAAUGUGAAGAUUGAUUUGGACGAUUUGGGAGCGAUUCUUGGUGGCACGUCGAUAACUGUAGCAAAUGAUGACUAA